GUAAUGCGUUCGUUGCCUAGUUGUCAGCGUUCAAAGGUCACUCACUGCGCUGGGUUACUGCAAGAACUUUGGUUACUGCUGGCUCUGUUCGACAGGUGAGAAAUGGCAAGAAAUGUCACCCGCUUUUGGGAAUGGGGCAGGAAAAUUAUUUGCGUCGGAAGGAAUUAUGCAGACCACGCAAAGGAACUUAAAAACGCCAUUCCAACGGAACCUGUUCUGUUUCUGAAGCCACCAUCAGCUUAUUUGAAGGAGGGCAGUCCAAUCCUCGUCCCCACAUACUCAAGCAAUCUUCACCAUGAGGUUGAACUUGGGGUGGUCAUUGGCAAAUCGGGAACCGGAAUUUCUCGAGAAUCAGCAAUGGAGCAUGUAGCUGGCUAUGUGCUUUGCUUAGACAUGACUGCGCGGGACAUCCAAGAAGAGUGCAAGUCCAAAGGUCUCCCUUGGACUCUCGCCAAAGCCUUCAACACGUCCUGUCCCGUCAGUGAGUUCAUCCCCAAAGACAAGAUCCCCGACCCGGGGAACCUCACGCUGUGGCUGAAGGUGAACGACCAGAUGCGGCAGAAUGGCAGCACGUCGCAGAUGAUCUUUAACAUACCAUACUUGAUAAACUACAUCAGUGACAUUAUAUCCCUGGAGGAGGGAGACCUGAUCCUCACUGGGACACCCAAAGGGGUCUCGAGUGUCCAGGAGCACGACGAGAUACAGGCAGGCAUUGAAGGCAUUGUCACCAUGUCUUUCAAAGUCGACAGGUUAUAAAACGCAAUCCACAUGAUGCUUCAUGUUCUGCCCGUAUGAACCACCAUUUGUUGUUACUGAAAUACUACUAGUCAGUUGUUCCAGUUAAAUUACUUGGACUCAUUUGUUGACUGUUUGGGAUCACACACAUCAGCACCAAGAUUCUGUUCCUCUCUUGGCAUUUUUCUGGAUGUAUAUCCAGCAAUCACAUUUCUACAAGGAAAUAAGCAGAAAUUGCAAAAUUGGUCCAAACUAACAAUAAAUGAAGGGGAAAAACUUU